UCUCCUCCCAAACCGCGCAGAGAGAGAGAGAGAGAGAGAGAGAGAGAGAGAGAUUCGGCAAGAGAAAGAGAGAACGCUUUCUCGCUCUAAUUAUCAUCUCCGAUCCCACUGAAGAGUCUCGUGGUACUUCGAUUCGUCGGAAUUCUAUAUUUUCUUUGCUUUUUUUUUUUUUCCAUUUGGUGACGAAGAGAUCCAAACUUCAAAGCAGAAUUCUGGUGAGAAGAUCAUUGGAAUCUGAGAAUUCCGACGGUUUUCAAAUCAUUCCUUCCGGGGGAGUUAGUUUUCUCGCUGAAUCUCCUCCAGUUGCAUGUUUUUCUGGGGAUUUCGCAGAGAAAACGUUGCGUUGAGGCAUAAUUCUGAAAAUUUCGAGCUGAAUUCGAGUUGCUUAGGAGCUUUCUCAGGGAACAAGUUCCUGAGAAAGCAUAAUUCAACAGAUAAUAUCGAGCUAUUUUUCUUCCAAAAAGCAUCAGAGACAAGAUUCAUCUCAGAUCAACAGUACGGAGUUGCAGAUCUGAGCAAAUAGUUGCCGAAUUUCGGAAUCUGCACAUCCGCGCAAGGAAUUUCCCUAGAAUUCCGAAGAAAAAACGAAGCGAGUGCGGAAUUCUGAAAUCCCCGCGCUGAAUCAUUGUGAUUCAAAAUUCAACAGAAAAACGUCGCGCCUGGUGUUUAUGGAGCUUCCACAACCUCGUCCCUUCGAAACCGAAGGGAGAAAACCGUCACGUGAUUUUUUGUCGCUCUGCAGUCAUUCAACCGCCCAUCCAGAUCCAAGGACUCCUCCUCAAGGUGGAUACCUGAAAACCCACGAUUUUCUACGACCCUUGGAACAUGUUGGGAUAAGAGGUGGUGCUAAGGAGGAAACCAGCAGCGUCGACACUUCGGCAUCCAAGGACCCGCAGCCGCCAUCUUCCGUGGAUCAGCACGUGCUCCCCGGAGGUAUAGGGACAUACACGAUCAGCCACAUUCCCUACUUUCAUCAGAGGAUUCCUAAACCGGAAGAUUCACCAAUGUUUACGUUGGCCCAAGCAAGCGGUUGUGAGAGAAACACCGACGAGAAUUCCAACUGCAGCUCGCAUGCAGCUAGUGGGUUCACUUUGUGGGACGAAUCUGCAGGGAAGAAGGGAGGGAAAAAGAAGGAGAAUGUUGAGGAGAGAGCAAGCUUGAGAGCAGAUGCAGCAACAGCUAUGGGGCAGUGGCCGGGGGCAGAUCAUAGGAACAGCUUCAGUUCUGGCUCUUCCUCUCAGGUGUCUGGACUGAAGAGUCAGAGCUUCAUGGACAUGAUACGGUCAGCAAAAGUGAAUUCCCAGGACGAUGAUGAAGAAGAGUUGGUCAUGAGGACAGAGAGCCCCUCCACUAGCCAGAAAGUGGAUUUGAGGGUAAAAGCAGACGGGGAUCGAAAGCCAAACACGCCUAGGUCGAAACAUUCUGCCACAGAGCAGCGGAGGAGGAGCAAGAUCAAUGACAGAUUUCAGAUGUUGAGACAACUGAUCCCCAACAGCGACCAAAAGCGGGACAAGGCAUCAUUCUUGCUGGAGGUGGUAGAGUAUAUUCAGUUCUUACAGGAGAAAGUAAACAAGCAUGAAGGCUCAUACUACCGCGGCUGGAACCCAGAGCCUGGGAAGCUAAUGAAUUGGAGAAACAGCCAACGGCUACCACCAGAAGGAUCCGUUGCCUUUGCUCCCAAGUUAGAAGAGAAAAACAACAUCCCAAUGCCUCAAACCGUUAUACCAAACGCGAAGGGCGGAAAUGCGAUGGAUCCGCAAUGUAGAGCGGGGAAGCCGUUUCCCGUUCUGACGGGCAGUCCGAUAUCUCAGUUCCCGACGAGAAACGUGUCCGAGCACAGACGGGAUCAAACGCAGCCAUGUGACGGCGUCCCGUCAGAAGGAGAAGGCGUUAUUGAGAGUGGUAGCAUUAGCAUCGCCAGUGUUUACUCCCAAGGGUUGAUGAAGAAGCUGACGCAAGCACUGGAGAGUUCGGGAGUGGACUUGACGCAAGCAAGCAUCUCUGUCCAAAUCGAGCUCCCCACACAUUCCUCUCUUAAGGAUGAGGAGGUGCGUCGGACACGACCAAGAACUGAAACAGACGACGACGGCGGUCAUAAAAAACUCAAGACCGACAUACACUAAAAAAAAACCCCACCACCGGUAACACUUUUGCAUUAUCCUUUCUUUAUUUUAUUUUUAAUUUAUCUCUUCUUGUGAGGAUUAUAUGAUUCAUCAGUGGAAAAGCUUCCAUGUUUUGGUGAAGCUUCUCCCUGUGUUAGGUUAUGAGCUUCCCUUCUCUCCUGAGUUUACUUUUGAGUCGCUUUAUUUCCUCCUUUUCUUUUCUUUUUUUUUUUAAAUUUAUUUCGAUACUGUUUGUUUGGGCUCACUCCAUUCAUUUCUAUCAUGUAUUUAUUGUUUAACUUGUAAAUACUUAUUGGCCCAAUUAGAUUUAGUGUACGAACUAGACUCCAAAUUAGUUGAAACAGUGAAACUACGAUAA